AUGGAGGCCGCGGAGAUUGGAGUCGCGGAGGGGCUAGGAGGUGAGUCGAAGGUGAAGCGGAUGAUAGCUAUGGUGGUGCGCCGCGCGGAUCUAGGGCCGUGCGGUGGUCAGGGUUCGGGUAAGGAUGAGACCGCAGAGGGUAGGGCCGGCUCGCGGUGGCUUGGGGCACAACGGAGGUGUUGGCACGGCGAAAUCGGGGUGAGAUGGUGCCGUGCCCGUGAGUGGGAGUGUGUAGAGUGGGUGGCGGCAGAGGCUGGCAAGGGAGAAGGUAGUGGGUAUCCCAAUGGAGGUGGCUGCCAAGACGGGGUGUGCGGGUUUGCUGAAGAAGAUGUCUGUGAGUGA